UUUUUUUUUUACUUAAUAGUUUCAAAACAAUUUAUAUUCAACCAGUUGGUAGUUUUAAUCAUCCAAGAGCUGCACCACUUGAUAUAAUUAUUCAAUUUGCUUGUGUAUUUUUUGCAGGAUGUGAAGUUGAAUUAUUACCAACAAUUGAUUUUUCAAAAGAUAUGAAAUAUAGAGAAAAUAAUGGAAUAAGACAAUAUUGA